AUGCCAGGACCAGGAACUAUCAUUACUUUGGGCGCUGUCGGUGCAGCAGGAGCCGCUGCCUAUGUGAACAACCGACGCAAUUCGAUGGGAACUUCCGAACAAAACGCAGAAUAUCCCUUGUCACCACACGCAAUGGCACGACGACGAUCAAGCACCGUCAUGCCAGAUCAUUCAUGGGAAGCUAGAAAACAGGCUGAAUAUCACUGGCGACGAAACUAUGGUGCAAGCUUUAGUCACAACUCACACAAGAGUUUCCCGUCAAACAUUAAUCAGUUGACGAAAUAA